AUGAAUGGCUCGGGUGGCCCGGGGGCCGAGGACGCGAGCGAGGUGGGCGGCGGGGGCAGCUGGCAGCCCGAGGCGGUCAUCGUGUCCAUGUUAUUUGCGCUCAUCUUCCUCUUGGGCACCGUGGGCAACGCACUGGUUCUGGCUGUGCUGCUGCGCGGCGGCCAGGCGGUCAGCACCACCAAUCUGUUCAUCCUCAACCCGGGCGUGGGCGACCUGUGUUUCAUCGUGUGCUGCGUGCCCUUCCAGGCCACCAUCUACACCCUGGACGGUUGGGUGUUCGGCUCGCUGCUCUGCAAGGCCGUGCACUUCUUCAUCUUCCUCACCAUGCACGCCAGCAGCUUCACGCUGGCCGCCGUCUCCCUGGACAGGUAUCUGGCCAUCCGCUAUCCGCUGCUCCGCGAGCUGCGCACACCUCGCAACGCGCUGGCGGCCAUCGGGCUCAUCUGGGGGUUGUCGCUGCUCUUCUCCGGGCCCUACCUGAGUUACUACCGCCAGUCGCGGUUGGCCAACCUGACCGUGUGCCACCCGGCGUGGAGCGCGCCUCGCCGCCGCGCCAUGGAUCUCUGCACCUUUGUCUUCAGCUACCUGCUGCCGGUGCUGGGGCUCGGGCUGACCUACGCGCGCACCCUGCACUACCUCUGGUGCGCCGUCGAUCCAGUGACCGCCGGCUCAGGCGCCCGGCGCGCCAAGCGCAAGGUGACGCGCAUGAUCAUCAUCUUGGCCGCGCUCUUCUGCCUCUGUUGGAGGCCUCACCACGCGCUUAUCCUCUGCGUGUGGUUCCGCCGGUUCCCACUUACGCGCGCCACGUACGCGCUGCGCAUCCUCCCGCACCUGGUCUCCUACGCCAACUGAUGCGUCAACCCCAUCGCCUACGCGCUGGUCUCCAAGCACUUCCGCAAGGGCUUCCGCAGGAUCUGCGCCGGCCUGCUGCGCCGCGCCCCGCGCAGAGCCUCGGGCCGGGUGAUUGUCGCGGUGCAGGGCAACCACAGCGGCAGCGUGCUGGAGCGCCAGUCCACCGACUUGACGCAAGUGAGCGAGGCGGCCGGGCCCUCCGCCUCUGCGCCGGUGCCUCUCAGCGGCCCAGCCUCGAGGCCGGUCCCUGGCCCGUCCUGGCGGGACCAGAAGGCCCCCAACGGCAUUCUGACAGUUAAUGUGACCUGAGAGCACUUGGGGGUACGCUUGAGUGUUAAAGGAU